AUGGCCUUGACCACAACCGACAUUGACUCGUUCCCGCUGGGGAGAAGGGAAGCACAUCCCCGUCCCGCUCCUGCAAUUGCGAUAACUCCCUGUGAUCCCUGGCCUCGACCAUAUUACCUGGAGAAUGGCCUCCGACGCGUUGCGCCCUAUCAUUAUACCUAUAACACAUUCUGCAAGCAAAGAUGGCGGGGUCGUGAACUUCUGGACAUAUUUGCUACGGAGUUUCGCGAUCGAUCACGGGAAUAUUACAAGCAUGCCAUUGAGAUAGGACAGAUCUCGAUCAACGGAAAGCCCUGUAGUGACGUCCACACCGUCGUGAAAAAUGGAGACGUCAUCUCACAUACCCUGCACAGACACGAGCCUCCAGUCACAGCUCAACCAAUUCGAGUCAUCAGUGAGACAGACAAUAUGAUUGUGAUCGACAAGCCGGCAGGAGUACCUGUCCACCCAGCGGGAAGGUAUAACUACAAUUCGGUGGUGGAAAUCAUGAAAGCAGAAAGGCACUUCACCUUCAAGCCGCUCCCAUGCAAUCGACUCGAUCGCCUGACCAGUGGUGUCAUGUUCAUUGCAAAGACUGGUCAGGAGGCGGAAGCGAUGAGCGAGAAGCUACGAGGCCGCACUGUGCGUAAAGAGUAUAUUGCUAGGGUCAAAGGCAGGUUUCCCGAUGGCAAGGAAUGGGGUGGAGAUCCGAUGCGUGGUGGAGUGGUUGAUUGUGAGGAAAGCAUUCUGCAAAUCAGUCCGAUACUUGGUCUCAAUCGAGCACGAGCCAGUGGGAAGCCAGCAAAGACGUUGUUUAGAAGGAUAGCCUACUACCCUCGAAAGUCAACCAGCGCGGUACCUUUCGAACACGUAAAUCAAGUCAACGGUACCGAGACCAUACAGCCAGCAGCUCCUACACCAGGCACUGAGAAUGAUGGAUACAGCAUUGUUCACUGCCUGCCCUUAACCGGCAGAACACACCAGAUCCGUGUGCAUCUACAGUUUGUAGGUCAUCCCAUCACCAACGAUCCUAUUUACAGUAAUCGAGCGGUAUUUGGGCCCGGCCUUUCGAAGAAUGACUCCAGUGGGAGCGAUGAUGCCGAGGUCAUUGCGAGGCUAGCGAAGAUGGGAAAGACAGAAGUCGCUAGUUCGAUAGCUCAUGAAGAGCAGAUGGCAAAGAUCAUCGACCAGACUCAGCAAAUGACUGCUUCUGACGCCGCAAAACUUAGUGACGCCAACUUCAAACCGUUGAAUAGUGGUACUCUGCAUGCAGGCAACCUAGCAGGAGCAGACGAGGAAGCUCAAUAUGGAGCCUAUGUCAAAGCGCACGCGGACAUGGUGGCCGACUAUAACAAACGGAAAGGCGAAAAGAUGACGGGGGAGAACUGCAGCAUUUGUGACACGCCAUUGUAUUCCGAUCCUGGACCGCAUGAGCUGGGAAUAUAUCUGCACGCUCUUGCAUACGCGGACGUGGAAGAAGGGAGCUGGAGCUACAGGAGUCCAGCACCAGCGUGGGCUCUCCCACCAGAGGGUGUAGAUGGCCCUCGUGAAGUAGGGCCAUGGGAAUACCGUGGAGACGAGACACUGGACAUCGGUGACGAAAGAGCGGAUGAGCAGUACAAGACGAAGAUGGGUACUAGGAAGAAUCGAGAACUGGACUUGGCAGACUCGUUGCCGCUUCAGAGUCACGGGUCAGCCUACACUCGAGCAGUCACUUAA